AAUAUAUUAUUUAGUUUACAGUACCAACUGUCUUGUUGCACAUUCUAUGCAUAGUAUAGAAAAUCCGAUAUCGCAACCUCUUUUUUAUGUUAAUAUUGCUGAUAUUGAAACUUUACAAGAUGAAAUGUUUUAUAUUGCUUGUACAACAGAAAAAAUUUUUGAAUCCAAGACUCAUUUAUAUGAUCUUUACAUUGAUAACCAUAAUUUAAGAGUUUCAAAUCCAACCUUAAAACAGUUAUUGAAUUCAAAUAAUAGUGAUAAAAUUAAAUACAAUGAAUUAUGCAAAAUAAGAACUCUAUAUAAGGCAUCUGUAAAUGAAAAUUGUGAAAAUAAUGGUCAAGAAGUAUGGUUUACUGGGUAAGUUUUAAAUUGUGAAUUAAAU